UCACGUGACGGGUGGGAACUUUCGAACCCGGGAAACCAUUCAUUUAUUUUUGAUGUUAGUGAGUAAUUUAAUUAUUUUGAACCCCAGACAGGCCCUGUAGUGGUUUUGCCUCUCAAUAAAAGUUUAUAUUGCGAAAGCUUAGUAAUUCGCCACCAUGGGUAUUUAUCAAUCAAAAGGAAAGAUCCCUGAAGAAGUUUACAGAUUUUGGUCAGCUGUGGCAUCAUCCAUCCGUCUGGGAUGGUUGGGGACUGAUGAUAUGGCAAAGGAGAUGAAGGUGUGCCAGCUUGCCAUUUUCCCCAUGCUGUUGAAUGCCUCUGCUUUGCAAGGAGACAUUGUUGGUCUUGAGGGACACUUACAACAGGGAGCUGAUGUGUCUGUGUCAGACGGACAUGGGAGGACACCUCUCCACCUGGCUGCUGGUGAGGGGGAUGUCGAGACUGUCCGAUUCCUGCUGAAGAAGGGAGCGGAUGUCAACGUUAGGGAUUUUGCGAGAGAAACUGCUCUCCGAGAUGGCAUUCGCUGCAAGAGCAUAGAGGUUGUGUCCCAACUGAUGAGUGAGGGGGCUCACCUGGAGACAUCCUCUCUGGAACUGGGGGUUGAGAUGUGUUGCCUUGCAUUCUUGGGAGACUUCAAGCAGAUGGAGGUGUGGAAGCAGGCAGGAGUUAGCUUCAACUUUGCUGAUGCCGAUGGCAGAACUCCUCUGCAUGUGGCUGUCUGCACUAACCAGCCAGACAUGGUCAGGUUCUGCAUCAGGAACGGCUCCAGUCUUGAGCAACGCGACCUCUUCAACAACCAGCCGGUGGAUGAUGCUCGGCGUCUGGGUCUGCAAACCCUGGUGGAGAUGCUGAGCAAUGAGGCCCAGAAGGAAGCCUUCGAAAAAACCAAGAUCAAUGUGGAGGAGCAGAUGGCCAGAGGCCUGGUAGAACUCUCCCUGGUCCCAUAACAUGGACACAAUUAGCCCCAUUAUCCUUAUCUAGUACCUAAUUACCUAAUUUGUUCACUCUUUUUAAUUUUACAACUCAUUUGUCUCCUACUGAAAUGCUUAAUGUCAAAAUUGAUAAAUGUUGAGAAUUAUAUUUUGCUGUUUGCUCUUCUUUUAUUUUCUUAGCUCAUUUGCCCAU